AUGGAACCUCUGUUCUCCACGGCCUCCACCCUCGGGCCGGCUGGCUGGAAUGCCUCCCUGGUGGCCCCUGGGGAUGGUGAGAACGAGACACUGAUCGGUCCAGUGGGAUCACCCGGGGCCCGGGCGGUCCUAGUCCCGGUACUCUACCUGCUGGUGUGCGCUGUGGGCCUGAGCGGCAAUGCGCUAGUCAUCUACGUAGUGGUCCGCUACGCCAAGAUGAAGACGGUCACCAACAUCUACAUUCUCAACCUUGCCGUGGCCGAUGUCCUCUUCAUGCUGGGGCUACCCUUUCUGGCCACUCAAAAUGCCGUGUCCUACUGGCCUUUCGGCUCUUUGCUGUGCCGCCUGGUCAUGACACUGGAUGGCAUCAACCAGUUCACCAGCAUCUUCUGUCUGACGGUCAUGAGCGUCGACCGCUACCUGGCUGUGGUGCAUCCCAUUCGUUCCACCAGGUGGCGCCAGCCACGUGUGGCGAAGCUCACCAGCGCGGCCGUCUGGACCUUCUCGCUGCUCAUGUCGUUACCCUUGGUGAUCUUUGCCGACAUUCAGGAGGGCUGGGACACGUGUAACCUCAGUUGGCCGGAGCCUGUGGGGCUCUGGGGAGCCAUCUUCAUCAUUUACACCUCUGUGCUGGGCUUCUUCGGGCCACUGCUGGUCAUUUGCCUGUGCUACUUGCUCAUUGUGGUCAAGGUAAAGGCCUCGGGCGUGCGUGUGGGCUGCACACGGCGGCGGCGGUCCGAACGCAAGGUGACCCGAAUGGUGGUGGUGGUGGUGCUGGUGUUUGUGGGCUGUUGGCUGCCUUUCUUCAUCGUCAACAUCGUCAACCUGGCCUUCAUCCUGCCCGAGGAGCCCGCCUCCGCCGGCAUCUACUUCUUUGUGGUCAUCCUCUCCUACGCUAACAGCUGUGCCAACCCCAUCCUCUAUGGAUUCCUCUCUGACAACUUUCGGCAGAGCUUCCGGAAGGUUCUGUGCCUCCAAAAGAGGUCUGGAGCAGAGGAGGGGGACCUCACUGAACCAAGGCUUGACAAGAGCAGCCGACUACAGGAGUCCUCGCUGCCCGGGCGCAGCCCCCAGGCCAAUGGGCACAUGCAAACCAGCACACUGUGA